AUGGCGACAAUCCCUAGGAUUCACCGUCAUCAUGACUACACAAUCGCGUGGAUCUCUGCACUUCCCUUGGAGAUGGCGGCUGCAGCCGCAAUGCUUGACGAGAGACAUCCAGACUUGCCAACUGAUCUGAGUGACAAUAAUAGCUAUAUCUUCGGCAGCAUACACGGGCAUAAUGUUGUCAUUGUAUGCCUUCCCGCCGGUGUAUAUGGCACAACAUCAGCCGCAGUCAUCGCCAGUGCAACUCCAUCACAAGGCGACAUCCGGCUUGGCGAUGUGGUGGUCAGCCAGCCAACGAGGGACUAUGGCGGGAUCGUGCAGUACGACUACGGAAAGACUUUAAGCAACAACCGCUUUGAAAGAACUGGCAUGCUUAACAAACCACCGUCGGUACUUUUGACUGCGGUCUCCAAAUUGCAGGCGGAGCACAUGGUGAGACCAAGCAAUAUCCCCACCAUAUUGUCUGAGAUGGUAUGCAGGUACCCGAAAAUGAAAGACAAAUUCACCUACCGUGGUGCAGAGCAAGACGUGCUGUUUGAGCCUGACUAUGAUCAUGAAGACUCUGGGAUAACCUGCGCGAACUGUGAUUUCAGGAGAAGGGAAACCCGACCCGAUCGAGGUUAUGAUGUCCCCGUGGUUCAUUACGGCCUUAUUGCUUCCGCAAACCAGGUAAUGAAGAAUGGUCGUAUAAGAGAUCAACUAGCGAACGAAUUUGGUAUUCUCUGCUUCGAGAUGGAAGCAGCUGGCUUGAUGGACAACUUCCCUUGCUUGGUGAUCCGAGGGAUCUGUGACUAUGCAGACUCUCAUAAAAAUAAGCAGUGGCAAGAGUAUGCAGCUGCCACAGCGGCAGCAUAUACCAAGGAGCUUCUGUCCAUGAUUCAUACCAAGCAACUGGUUGACAUGCCAUCACCUCAUCUACUAGAGCGGAUCUCGAACUAUGACCAUGAUAAGGUUCACCAAAGACUUGCCUACAAGCGCCUUCCUGGAACAACCCAGUGGUUCUUGAACCAUGCGACAUAUAAAGCAUGGCUUACAAGGUUGGAUCAGUCCAGCCUCUGGUGUUCGGGGAAAAUUGGUUCAGGUAAAACUAUCAUCGCGGCUUCCGUCGUUGAGGCUGUCAAGUAUCGCGCACUUGGGAACUCCAGUUGCCAGUGUCCUACAGUAAUUUUCUAUUGUGAGAACAAGCAUUCUGGCUCGUUACAGGCUUCCUAUAUUCUCGCCAGUCUAAUCAAGCAAUUAGCUCAGCUCUUGUACGAGUCGCAUCAGGUCUUUCCGCCAGAUGUCGCUCAUGAGCUGGAGCGUUUUUUUGGAAGAGACCGAAGGGUACCAGACUAUGAUGACCUGCGAGAAAUCUUCAACCUUCUGUUCUCAUACAUGCCAAACACAAUCUACGUUCUUGACGGACUCGAUGCACUAGAACAGCAAGAAUGCCAGAAAAUGUUGCUUCUAAUUCGAGCAACCUUCAGUUCUGCCAGCCCACCUAAUGGAUCGAAGAUUAUGUUGCUGAGCAGGAAUCACGUACCAGGUUACGUGAACAUUGCUACAUUUAUGCCGUGGGCUCUCCGAAUCUCAACAUUCAAUCACGUUACCCAGGAUAUCGAAUUCUAUAUCAAAGCCAGCAUUGAUGACAAGUCUAUGCUUAGAAAGCUUACCAGUGAUUGUUCCUUACUGGAAGAGAUCAAACGCGUGCUUCUCACUGAGGCCUCAGGAAUGUUUCUAUGGGUUUACCUUGUUCUCGAGAUCUUGUGGUCGACAUGCUUCACUGAUGCAGAGGUGCGCUCCGCCUUGCGUCGGCUUCCUAAGGGUUUGAAGGAAACGUAUAGACUGUGUACUCAGCGAAUUGCGUCUGAUCCCAGGGCUGCGAAGGUUCUUAAAUGGGUCAGCUUUGCUACCAGACCAUUGCAUAUCGAUGAACUGAAGGAAGCAGUAGCCUUUGAUCUCCAUGAUACUCGCUGGGAUCACGAGAAAGUACCCCAGGACGAAUUUGUGCUCGGCUGCUGCGCUAAUCUCGUGGUUCAGGACCCUACUGAUGGCUGUGUUCGCUUCGCGCACUCGUCGGUCAAAAAGUUCCUUCUGAGUCAUCGAGCCGACCAUGAGACCAGAUAUCUGGAGAGCGAGGCGCGAGGAAACCUCCAGUGUGGGGAGUUCUGUGUUGCUUAUCUUUCUUUCUCCAACUUUAGCUUACAGGUUGAGACGCAAGGACGGGAUCACAACUCAACAGGCUUGACAGUAGUCUCGCCAGCUUUGCUUGCUGGUGAAGCGAUGAAGUCCUCCUUGUUCUCUCUUUUUCGUGCGCCGAAGAUUCAGAAGGCUUCGAUCAAACUACCCAUUCGCCCGGUCUGUACGGACUCACCUGGGGAGCAAUUCAAAUUCCUCGAUUACGCUUCUCCGGUAGAACAACAUAUUCCUCUUCUUCGGAUCGUUAUGUCGUAUAAAGAGGAGCUCGCCAAGAUAUGCAACCUUCCCCUUAUUGGGGAGAGCCUUCCAGCUCUGCACUUUGCGUCAAGGUUCGGUUUUACUUCGAUUGUGAGGCGCUUGCUGAAUUUAUGCGAAAUCAACUUGCCUGAUCUUGAAGGCUAUACACCACUCCAUCACGCGGCUGAGAAGGGCCACCCGGCUGUGGUGUCAACGCUUCUGAGAGAGAAGAGUAUUGCCAUCAAUAGCAAAUCUCGAAUACAGGCUACACCCCUCUGGUUGGCAGCGCGGAACGGACACUUAGAUGUGUUGAAGGCAAGAAGUAUCGACGGCCAAGCACCGAUCUCCAUAGCGAGGCAAAAUAGGCAUGAGAAAGUGGUAAACUUACUUUUCGGAAAAGGGUCUACGAUUCUGUUUGUCAGGAAGUCAUUGGCCGAGAUCGCUUCUGAAUGGGAGCUUGGACAUGUGACCGAUGAUGACGCAAUUCGGAAGUUCGAGCAACAUCUGAGCCAAGAGUCAGACACACCGCAGGCUGUGAAACUGAGAGAGAACCGGAUUUGGAAAACCAACUUGGAGGAGAAAGCGUGCGCGCCCCUCUUGAAGCGAUUUCGGAAACACGAAGCAGAAUUGCGAAAAGCGCUGAAUGUUCGUAAAAAGAUUGACAUCGCUGAGGUGGUCCGAGGCCAGGUCGCUCUAGAAUCUCUGCAACAACUUUCAUCAAGUCACCAGCACCUGUUCCAACUGAACUAUCUCGGGUAUGUGCUCUACAAAGCUGGAGCAGCCGCCUAUACCAACAGUUAUGGUUGGCCGGGGCUGACCGAAUCUGUUCUUGUCCUGUGUAUGGAAAGCCUGCCGGUGUUUCUGGGUAUCAUGUCUGGCGAAAUCGCCGUGUCUGCUGGGUUUAGGCAGCUUGCCGAUGUCAGGAAUAGGUUGCUUGUUGCGGGCUCCGGUGCAGCCGAGUCGUUUUGGGACCGUAGUCAUUUUGUCCAGCAGGGACCAUCUUAG